AUGGCGACGAAAGACUCGUUACCCAAGCCAAUCACAGCGGCGGACGACGUGAAGGAGGCGCCGCACACGGUGAUGAUCCUGAAGCGGCCGUACGAGAACGUGCAGGACCAGUACAGCAUGGGCAAGGAGCUGGGGCGCGGGCAGUACGGCGUGAUCCGCGAGUGCAAGGACAAGAUGACGGGCGUGCCGUUCGCGUGCAAGUCCAUCAGCAAGACGAAGCUCAGCGGCACGCGCGAGGUGGAGGACGUGCAGAGGGAGAUUAAAGUCAUGGAGGUGCUGCGCGGACACUCCGCCGUGAUCGAGCUCCACGCGACGUACGAAGACCAAAAGCGCGUGCACCUGAUAAUGGAGCUGUGCGAGGGCGGGGAGCUGUUCGAGCGCAUCAGCCAGCGGCACCACUACCCGGAGGACGAGGCGGCGCUGCUCACGCGCACGCUCAUCUCCGUGGUGCAGCACUGCCAGGCGCACGGCCUCAUGCACCGCGACCUCAAACCCGAAAACAUCCUGCUCGUCAACCGCAAGUCGCACACGCAGGUCAAGGUCGUGGACUAUGGGCUCGCCGCGUUCGUCAAGCCGGGCGGCAAGCUAACAACAAUGGCGGGUAGCGCGUACUACAUAGCCCCCGAGGUGCUGAACAACAACUACGGCAUGGAGGCGGACAUGUGGAGCGUGGGCGUCAUCCUCUACAUCCUGCUGUGCGGGCUGCCGCCCUUCUGGGCGGAGAAGGAGGAGGGCAUUUUCGAGGCGAUCAAGACGGGCAAGGUGGACGUGUUCAGCGGCGGGUGGGAGAGCGUGUCCAUGGACGCCAAGGACCUUGUUCUCAGGAUGCUCACCAGGGACCCCCAGAAACGGAUUACCCCUGAGAAGGCGCUUGCGCACCGGUGGAUAAAGCAGCACUGCAGCAACGCGGCGGACCAUCUCCCCGGGCUGCCCGCGAAGCCUGUCACGGCGGACUCGCGCGCGCACCGCAAGGUGGACUCUCCGCGCAUCCCCCUGCCAGACGGGGACCGCAGGGGCAGCAGCAGCAGCAGCAGCAGCAGCCGCAACAUUGCCAGCAGCAGCGCCAGCCGCAGCGGGGGCGCGGGGGGGUACAGGUACGGGAAGGACGGGGAUUUGGCGACGGUGCUAGCUAGCGCGGAUCUGGCGGCUGUGGCGGACGCUGUAGCGGCGAUCCGCGCGAGUGGCGCGGGGGAGGAGCGGAAGGAGGAGCUAGCUGCGCUGCUGAAGCUGCAGGCGAAGCUGAAGGCGAAGGAGGGCGCGGGGGGGGACGGGGGGGCGGCUGGCGGGAGCAGCAGCAGGAGACCGGAGUCUGCCUCUGCUGCGUCUUCCAGGCGAAGUGCGAGGGAUGUGGAAAGAGCUUUAGCGGGUGCGUUGGCUGCUAAGGGCGGCGGGGGGAGCAGUGACAGGGCGAGGCGAAGCAGUUCUAACAUGAGCCGCACUAAGACUGCUGAUACUGGCGCGCUGUUGGCUGCUCUUGCGGAUCUGCAAGACGGCGGGGGCGGAGGGGGAGGCGGAGGGGAGAGGGGCGGGGGGAGGCACAGGAGGACUGGGUCCCGCGGGACGGAUGCUGGGGAGGAUGAGGAGGAGCGGAAGCGGCACAGGGACCGGGAUCGUGACGGGGGGAAGGGAGGGAAGAAGCAGGAUGACAGCGUGAAGGAGAUGUUUGCAGCGGCUAAGGACGCGCUCAGGGGCAAGGAGAAGGACGGAGGGGCUGGGAAGGAGGAUAAGGAACGGCUGGCAAAGCUUCUGGCGAAGAUGGAGGAGGUGAAGGCGUGGGAGAAGGAUCGCACGGGCGCACGGCCGUCGUCGUCUGCUUCUCGGAGCAGCAGGCGGGGGGAUGACGGGGAUGAGAAGGGCGGGAGAGACAGAGAUGGGGCUGCGUCGAGCCGGUUCCCGAGGGAUUCGAGCACGUCUAGUAGGAGCAGCAACGCUGAUAGGCUGUCGCGGUAUAGGUCGGAUGCGGCGAGUAUGCUGGGUGCUCUAGAGGAGGAGACGGGCAAGGAUGACGCUUCGAGUCAGAGUGGCAGGGGGAGAGACCGAGACAGGUCGAGGGAUCGAGACAGGGAUCGGGGGAAGGACAAGGUGCCGACAACGCCAGGGUCUUUACGAAGAGACAAGGCGGACAGUAGCAGUAAGAGCAAGAAGAGCAGCGGCGGCGGGGGGAUUAUACGGCACAAGUCGGCGGAUAUUUCUAAAAUGCUGAAUGUAGGGGGGGAUGAUGGUGAUGGGGGUGGGCGGAAGAGCAGGGGCGGGAGGGAUACGGACAGCCUUGCGGGGGGGAUUGGGAAGUCGGGAGGAGGAGGGGGGAGAAGCAGUGGACGUAAGAUGGAGAGAUCUGCAAGCAAUCAGUCCCAGCUGCUGCUAGGCCAGCAGUCGGCAGAAGGAAGAGGCUCGGACGGCGGCAGGUCCGGCGGCGCUGCUCGACGAGGCUUGGACCGAUCCAGAUCCCCGGACGGGAAGGGGAGGUCCGAUGAAGACUCAGUUUCCUCCCCCUCGCGUCCCCCCACGGGGUCUCGCCUUCGGGGAACCGGCAGCAGCAGUAGGAGGCACAUGGAGAGCCCGUCAGGCUCGGGUGGGUCUGGCCGGGAACGAAGCGGCGGCGCAGGCUCGGGACGGUCGUUGCAGGUGCUGGAGGAGUCAGAUGCGGAGGGAGGGGGGUGGACUACUGGGAAGAACGCGGGGGAGUCACCGGGAUCGGGAAAGGAGAAGAAGGGCGGAGGGGACGAGGCGAAGGCCAGUGGUAGGGGGGGUAUUCCCAAGUCUCCAAGGCAGGGGGGUGGUGCCGGUGUUCCGCUGCGCUCCCCCAAGCGCGGCGGGCGAGAUGGGGAGGACGCGGAUGACAGUGCGUUGUCUAGGAACAAGUCGGUGAGUGCCUCGUGGCUUGAAGCAGAAGAGGUGAAGCGGGGAGAGGGUGGCGGGCAUGAGCGGGGCGAGAGGGACGGCCGGAGGGAGCGAGGCGGGAGGCGGGGGGGAGAGGACGGCGGGGAGUUUGGAGGGUUUGGUGGAGGGGGGAGGGAGAGGGGCGGUGGAUGGGAUGAUGACGAUCGGAGCGACAGAAGCAGGGAGAGGAACAGGGACCGGGACCGGGAUCGGUACAGGGAGCGCGACCGUGACAAGGACUGGUUGCGGGAGAAGGACGGGAGGAGGGAGAGCGGUGGUGGCAGUGGUGUGAGCAGCAGCAGCAGCCGGCGUGGGUCAGAGGCUGGGGGCAGUUCAGCCCUGCGGGGCCGUAGGCAGAAGUCCCAAGACCUGUCGCUGCUGGUGCCGCAGGCGAGGGAGGGAGAGGGCGACUACCCUGUCCGCAUCUGCUUCCGCCACUGCUCCGCCAACCCCUGCAGCCACCGUCCCACUACCACCACUAAUCAUCCUCAGCUGCUCCGCUCGCUUCCGCUUCUGGGCCUUCUGCCAUACUUCCACCUUCCACCACCGCCUCUUCCGCUCGCCGCUUCGCACUCCCACCACGAUCUCGCCUCCUCCUGUCGUUCCCAGGCCAGGGCGUUCCAUAGAUUUUGCGGCGCGCACCGUUCAUUCUCACCGGUCCACAAUCUUUCGUCCUUCCGCACUGUCACCAUGUUCCGAUCCGCCAAGCGCGUUCUCCUCCCCGCCGCGCGCGCGGCCGCCGGCGUUGCGCGGAUCCACGGAUCCGCCGCUGCGUCCGCCGAGUCCGCGAGCCUAGCGGAGGCUUACAAGCGCGUAGCGCCGCAGCUGGACGUGCCGUCCACGCCGCUUACUUACCUCAAGGAGCGUCCCGCCGUGUCGGCCGCGAUCCCGGAAAAGCUCACGCUUAACCUCUCGCUACCUCACGCUAUGCCGUACAGCGCGAAAGAGGUGGACAGCGUGAUCAUCCCUGCCACGUCAGGCCAGAUGGGCGUCCUUCCAGGCCACGUGGCGUCCAUUGCGGAGCUCAAGCCAGGCCUGCUGACAGUCAUCGAAGGAACAACCGAGACAAAGCUCUUUGUCAGCAGCGGUUUCGCGUUCGUGCACCCCAACAGCGUGCUCGACGUGGCAGCCGUUGAUGCGGUGCCGCUGGACCAGAUCGACGGCGAGGAGGUGAAGAAGGGCCUGGCUGCGGCACACGCCAAGGUGGCGAGUGCGAGCACUGAUUUGGAGAAGGCAGAGGCUCAGAUUAGCGUGGAUGUUCACACCAUCCCCGCGUUGCUGGCGGAGCUGAUGCGCACGCCGCAGGGCCCGCUGGACGCGCUGACGUGGCGCAGCAAGGGCGUGCAGGACGCGCCCCCGCCCUCCAUGGCCUCGCGAGCGCUCACUCUCUUCGGACAGACUGCCUCGUUUGAGGACACAAGAGGCAAGAUUCUCCGCGUCAGUAUGGGGCAAGGCGUGGUGGUGAAUCUCAUGGCAACCAAGGCGGGGUCGCGGCGCAGUGGCGACAUGCACAACUGCUCCCAGCACGACAUUAUCCUCUCCGGCCGCACCAACCUCCACCUCACGGACCUAGUGAGUGGAGGGGAGGAGGUGAGGGAGUACGAUGGGAUCCUCAACGUCAUCACCAUACCCCCACGGGUGCCACACAUGUUCCACUUCUUGGAGGAUAAUCUCAUGAUCGAGUGGUGGGACUGUGACUUCCAAGCAUGGUACUACCGUCCAUACAGAGACAUCGUAGAGGCUUAG